AUGGAGGAUAAAAUAAUACAAACACAUAUCACAAUAUUGUUAUAUUUGAUGUUGAUAGUUUAUUUGAAAAGCUUUACAAUAAAUUUAGGGGAUAUGCCUAAAAAAUUAUUUACAUAUAUAAAAGUAUAUUAUGCAUUUUUAAUUGUGAUUACAAUUGUAGCAUUUUUUAGGCGACUAUUUUUACUAUUCUAUUUAUAUAUUACAAAUAGUGUAAAUAAAUUAUUUAAUUAUGUAUUAUUAAAAGAUAGUAAAAAUGAAGCAAAUUGUAUUAAGAGUUAUGGUAAUAAAAACAGUGCUCAUGAUAUUUUUUUUCAAAACAAUUUGGAAUCUGAAAUUCUUAAUAAAUAUUUGAACGAAAAUAAAAUCGAUUUUUAUAAAUAUUUUUUAUUUUGUGAUGAUUUAAUAAGUUAUGAUAAGAAUACGAGCCUUUGCUUAACAAACAAAAGUGAAAUUGGACAAAAUGAAAUAAGUUUUAAUAAUUCGAUUUCUAUGGAAUGUGAACAUCCAAAUAAAACCCAUGAUAAUAAUUUUUUAAAUGGUGAAAAAUAUAAUGAUAAAGAAAAUGAUAUAUCUUUUUCAAAUCCUGAUUCACUUUAUGAUGUAGCAAAUAAUCAAACUGAUCGUUCAAAUUCAUUAAAUCGCAUAAAUACAAAAUUUAGUCGAAAAAUAUAUAAUUUUUUUUUUCGAAAAAAUAAUAAUUUGGUAAAAAAAACAUUUAAUAAAAGGAAAGAUAAAGUUGUUCAGGAAAAAGAAACACAAAAAUCGAAAAAUGAUAUUUCUAAUUUAGGAGAAAAUAAACCAAUUAAUGAUAAUGAAACAGAUAAUCAUAACAAAAGUAAUGAAGAAAAGUAUAUUAAUAAUCAUAUAAAAUCUUUUAAGCUUAAUAAAGAUAGAUAUUUUCAAAAACAUUUAAUAAAAUUUAAACAUUUAAAAUUUAUUACUUUUAUGUUAGACCUUUUAAAUAAUUAUAAAAAAUAUAUUAUGAUUGAUAAAAUAAUUAAACAAUUUAGUAGAUGUACAAAUAAUACGAAUCAAAAUACUUUAAAUUCUUCAAUUGAAUUAAAUAAGAAUAAUGCAGAAUGUAUAUCAAAAGAUCACUCCGUUCAUAAUAAUUUUAAUAUAAAUAAUGAAAAACAAAAUGAUGAAUUAAUUCUAAAAAACAUAAAUAAUUUGGAAAAAACAUUCGAACAAUUUAAUUGCAUGACCAAAAAUAAUAAUAAAUUAGAAAACUCUAAUUUAUUCCCUUCAAAUAUUUUUGGUAAUAUGUUUAAUACAAAUAAUGAAAAAAAAUCCCAAAAAACAUUUUUUCAAAAUAUAAAUUUCCACGAUAAUAAUAAUAAUAAGGAAAGUGUUAAUACAGAAAAGGAAAUGAAAAAAAAUAAUGUAAUAUUGAAAUCUAUAUUAAAAAAAAAUAAUUCAAAUUUAAAAAACGAAGAAAAUUCAAAAAAUAAAAAUAAAAAACAUAUACGAUUUAAUCCAAAAGUUCAAACAUUAUUAUUCGAAAAAUAUUAUGAUGAAGAAGAGUAUAUAUAUAAUAUGAAUAAUGGGAAAAAAGGUUUAUAUAAAAUUAUUGAUGAAUAUAAUAUUAAAAAUUCAGAUAUAUUUAGUUAUUAUAAUAUGCGUAAUAGUUUAAAUUCAAUAUUUACUGACAUAGUUAAUUCAGUAUAUGUUUAUAAGGAUAAAAUUUCCAGAAAAUUUUAA